AUGAGCUUGCCGAUUAGAGAAAAGAGACGCCGACGAGUCAGACUCUCCAAUUCGUGGCGAAUCCUGUUAGCCAGUCCAAACUUCAAAGAAAAAGCGUCUUCACUACGAAUAUCAAAGAGGUAUGUCUGACUGUUUUUGAUCAAGCCUUCCAAAAGUUUCGUAUCUUUCAAUGAGGAUCAGCAUUUGAGCCUGAAUUCUGUGGGACGUGAUGAUCCACGGAUAUCCCGCGGAUUAUCGGAAAGCGAUCAGGUCGCACCGUCAACAAGUGGAGAAAUGCUCGAAGCACUGCCGCCUGGCCAACUUGCUCAGCGGCGGCGCAAAUGUCCGCGCAGGUGA